AUGGCAUGGGUUCAUGAGGGAGACAACAACACAGCUUUAUUUCAUGGUAGUAUAAAGCAAAGACUGAGGGAAAAUAGGAUCUUCUAUAUUGAGCAGAAAAAUGGAGAGAGGGUCAAUGAUCUAGUGAUGGUUCAGGAGGCUUUUCUGGAGUACUACAAGAGUCUGUUGGGAACUAAUAUGGAGAAUAGGAAGUCAGUGGUCAAGAGUGUCUUGAGGAGGGGUCCUGUGGUAUCUCAAGAACAUGCAGAGCUACUCAUGAGGAAAAUCACUAUAGAGGAAGUGAAGAAAGCUGCUUUUGAUAUCCCUGGAUCAAAGUCUCCUGGCCCUGAUGGCUAUUCCAGUUACUUUUUCCAAGAUAACUGGGAUUCCAUUGGGGACUCUAUAUUCCAAGCAGUGUCAUCUUUCCUUGAGAGUAGCAGAAUUCUCAAGGAAAUCAAUUCAACGAUGAUUACUUUGGUGCCCAAGGAUUUGAUCAGGCAUUAUGGAAGAAAAGCAAACAAGCCAGGUUGUGUGAUUAAAUUGGAUAUACAAAAGGCGUAUGAUACUGUGGAAUGGCAAUUCAUUGAAGAGAUGCUACAAGGGCUUCAGUUCCCAUCUCCCUUUAUCAGACUGAUGAGGAAAAUUGGGGAAAAGGAAGACUUUGGUUUUCAUGAUAGAUGUUCUGAGCUCAAGCUGAAUCACCUUGCUUUUGCAGAUGAUCCCAGCCCCACAAAAACUGCAAUUUAUUGCAGUAAUAUGGAGCAUUCGGUUGUAGAGAGGCUGUUGACCCUCUCGAGGUUUUCAAGGCAGAAUCUACCUUUUACCUACUUGGGAAUACCUAUUAAUGCUAAGAAGAUCUCAGGAAGUGAAUGUGAGAUACUAAUUGAGAAAAUGACCACUAGGAUACGGAGCUGGAGUUCAAGAAAUUUAUCAUUUGCAGGGAGAACAGUAUUGAUCAAUUAUGUCCUAUUGGCAAUUCAAGCUCAUUGGAGUCAAAUCCUCAUCUUUCCGAAGAAGAUUAUCAAAGGUAUUGAAGCAGUGUGCAGAGCUUAUCUUUGGAAAGGUCAAGCAAUGUUUCAAGGAGGUGGAGCAAUCAAAUGGGACAUGGUUUGCUCUCCCAAAUCAGUAGGGGGCUUAGGCAUUAAAACAGUGGAAGAAUGGAACAAAGCGGCUAUGUGCAAAUAUGUUUGGGCAAUUGCAAACAACAAAGAGUCCUUAUGGAUGAGAUGGAUUCAGAGGGUAUACUUGAAGAAAGGGGAUUGGUGGAGCCAUUCUCCUUCCAUCCAUGUAAGUUGGUAUUGGAAGAAGUUGGUGGCUCUAAAGGAUCAAGUAAAAGGGUUGACUGAUAUAAGAGAAUUUACUGCACAUAAGUUCUCUAUAGCAGCAGGGUAUAGAAUGCUUGCUCCUUCCUUGACAAAAUCACUUUGGAGUAAAGAGGUAUGGGCUCGUUUAACCUUACCUAAACAUAGUUUCAUUUUAUGGCUAGCUAUGCAUGGGAGGUUGAAGACAAAGGAUAGGUUGUUCAGCAUGGGAAUCCAGCUUGGUGAAGGUCCGCAUUGCAAGGAAGGAAAAGAAACUGCCCAACACUUGUUUUUUGAGUGUUCGGUUGCAGAGAUGGUCCUCAAAAGCAUUAAAAAUGGCUGGGAUGGAAGAUGA